AUGUGGUACCUCUGCGUCUUCUAUCACAGAUUACUAGACUUCAGGAAACCAGAGGUGGAGGCAUUGGCCGAUCUCUUUGGAGCUUUAGGAGAAGAGAGUGAGUCUCUUCAGUGGCGACUUCCUCAACACCACCACCCGGAUUCUCCUUUUCAUUUUGUUCAUCUUCCUUCUGAUGACAUCGCCUGCAGUAUCGCCAACCGCAGCAUACUGGUCAAAGGAAUGUAUGAGCUUUGGGGUGAAGGAAGUAGCUACGAUGAGCUGAGAGACUCCAUUGAAAGCUACCCUGAUUCUUGCAAGCUUCCAUUUCUGACUUCUGAUUCCACCUUUAGGAUCUCUGUCGAAACUUUCGGAAAGACCAUCACUUUCGAUGAGCAGAAGGAUCGCAUUCAUUCCCUCUCUUAUAUCCCUUUUAAGGGUCGGGUUAACUUGAAGAACCCGGAACACAAGUUCUUUCUCUUGGAAACCGAUGAAUCUGGAGAUAACAAUGGCCUUCCGCCAAUUGUUCAGAGAAGAAUCUUUUUUGGCCGUGAGGUUGGUUGUGCGGACAGAAAACUUGUACCCACCUAUCAGUUAAAAUCCCGCAAUUACCUUGGCCCAACAGCUAUGGAUGCCGAAGUGGCUUUCUUGAUGUCCAAUCAAGCAAAGGCAGCCCCUGGCAAACUUGUCUAUGACCCUUUUGUUGGGACUGGAAGCAUUCUUGUUUCGGCUGCACACUUUGGUGCGACAACUAUGGGUGCAGACAUUGACAUCAGAGUAGUGCGUGAUGGGCGUGGUCCGGACUGUAACGUCUGGAGCAAUUUCAAGCAGUAUGGGCUGCCUAUGCCAGUUGCACUUUUACGGAUGGAUAAUAACCUUCCUCCUUGGCGCCCUGGGUUGAAGGAGAUCUUUGAUGCCAUCAUUUGCGACCCCCCUUACGGGGUUCGAGCUGGAGGACGGAAAUCGGGUGGGAGGAAAUUGCUGAAAGGGGCAGUGGAUCCGUACACCGUCCCGGACGACAAAAGGACAGGCCACAUUCCAUCAACAGCUCCUUACAGCUUGGUAGAGUGUGUUCACGAUCUGCUCGACCUCGCUGCUAGAAUGCUCGUGAUGAGAGGGAGACUAGUCUUCUUCUUCCCCGUCUUGAGAGAAGACAAUAAUCCCGAGAACAAAUAUCCCGAGCACACGUGUUUCAAGUUAGUCGCCGUCUCUCAACAGAUCUUAAGCUCCCGAUACAGUCGGGUUCUGCUAACAAUGGUGAAAAUCAGCCCUUACACACCGGAAAUCGAAGAAGAAGCUCGGUUAAGACAUAAGGAGUUUAGAGAGAAUCACGUUAAGUGGUUGGAGGAUGGUAACAUUCAUUCAUCCGUUUUCAGCCCCUCCGAUUCAAUUCCUCCAUCUCCUCAGGCACUUUCCAAAGACCCAAAACUCAAAUACAGAGGAAAGUAUGUGUAAUAGUGGUGGGGGUAGUGGUAGUUAAUUUCUGAACGUUAUGAAUGCUUUUAGUUGGUCCUGAUUUAUUACAUGAACAUCGACCGUUGUAUCACAAGAAUAUGUAACAGCGUUCCAGAUAUGUUUUGAGGAUUAUGAAUUAAAUCAUAAGACAUUGUGUUUA